GAGGUGCAUCAGUUACUCGCCAGACUGUCUUUUGUGUGGAAGGGUGUGUCGGCUGAUUAUUAAGUUAAAAUUUUUAAUUUUUUUUUAUCGACUUCGUUAUAUCGCCCUUCUUUGUUUGCGUGUUGAUUCCACAACUUAUCCUGUCUGCUCUGACGCUUAGAAAAUCUGGGAUCAUUAAAAUGUCAAAAAACCCCGAAGUGGUCGAGCACAAAGAACGCAACCAAAUCGUUCAUAUCCGUGGCGAUUCAGAUUCCGAAUUACAAGCCUUGUUUGACAGCGUACUGAAGCCUGAUGCUCAUAGACCAUUGCAGCUGCCAUUUCGGUUACGAAAUCUGCCAGAUUCUUUUUUUAAACCACCUCCAACUGGAUCUAAGUCACCUUCUGUGGCAUCUAAUUCUCACAGCCGAGAAAACAGUACAGAUUCAGGGCAUUUUGCUCUGAAUCCUUCACCAUCAGCUAACAUUCACCAUUCGAGAGCACACAGUUCUCCAGCAUCACUCCAACAGACUUUGGCAGCUGGUCAACAACGUCCAGUACACCAGCACUUGAAGCAGCAGAGUUGUGACCUAAGUCUCGAUCACUUCCCACUUCCUGAAGGAUGGGAGCAAGCCAAGACACCUCAAGGACAAGUUUACUUUCUAAACCACCUGACUCAAACAACAACAUGGGAGGAUCCACGCAAAAAGCUAUUGCAACAACAAAUCCAGCCCCUGUCUCCAGCUCCGCCACCUAACAUGGUGGCUCCACCUUUACUGAGUGCCGUUACGACCCCCGUUGCCGGAAGCAAUGCAGCGGCUGUGUUGGCAGCCUCUCAGCAAGCCUUGACCCAAGCUUUGGGUCCUCUACCAGAGGGCUGGGAACAAGCAGUGACACCGGAAGGAGAACUCUAUUUCAUAGAUCAUCACACUAGAAAGACUUCAUGGUUUGAUCCACGGCUACCGAUUCAUAUGCAGAAGCCACCCAUGGUACACGCGGCAGGAGCACAGAGCGUGGCCGCUUUGCAGCAACAACAACAGAUUACUCAGCAGCCAGCAGCUUCGGGUACUUCACAGCCAACUCUGACGCCGGCCCAGGCAGCCCAGCAACAAUUGAGGCUUCAAAAACUACAACAGGAACAGGAUCGUUUAAGACAGAGACAACAGGAAAUUAUAGCAAUGAUGGAACGAGAGACUCGCGUACGCCAGCAAGAAAAUAAUUCCGGCUCUCAGCAGCAAACAGAGUUCGCCAUGAGGCGGAAUCCCCUACAUUCGCAGUCAAAUAGCAACAGCAGCGCAGCCAAUGAACUGAGCUCGAACACAGCCGAUCCGUUCCUCAGUGCAGCAUCGGCUACUACUACGGCCGUCGUUUCACAUCCUUGCGCCAAUGGGGCAGGCAAUGGAGCAGCUACCAGCAUCGCGCAGAAUUCGACGGUGCCACCGUCGUCUUUAGCCACCGAUUUUCACGCUCGUCAAGAAUCAGCUGACUCUGGUUUGGGAAUGGGUGGCAGUUACAGCUUACCUCAUACACCCGAAGAUUUUCUGGCCUCUAUGGAUGACACAAUGGACACUACCCUCGAUUGUCCUGCUUCUGUAGGCACUGUUGACAUGAACGAUAUGAACGACAUGAAUGGAGGAUUGGAAACCGGUGAUCUACCUGCCCAUAUGGAUACUACUGACGACCUAGUGCCGACUUUAGACUUAGGAGAAGAGUUGUCGACGGACAUCUUGAAUGAUGUUCUUUUGAAUUCAAACAAAGUCGACAACGUCCUUACUUGGCUCUGAAGAAAAACAUUGUUGCAUUUAGUUGGAUCCCAAGAAUUUUUAAAAUUCUUCGGUGGCGUGCCAGUAUCGUUAAUGCUUUUCUUCAACUCGACUUUGAAGCUCAUGCAUUUAGCAUAUGGUACGUCGAAUGACAAACCGACGUUUCGCUGAAAAAUUUACGCCAACCGAUAGAAUGGGAUUGAUCAUGAAAAAAAAAAAAAAUACGAAACGCUAUCUUACAAAAGAUAAUAGAACUAACCACUGUCGGUAGAGUUAAUCAAAAACGGUUAGGUUUCGGAAGUGCAAAAAAAGAAGAA